ACUCCUAUACUUCAUUAUCAGGGUUCGAUCACAAGACCAUUUCCUCUGCACAACCUCCAUUGACAUUUCCUCUUUCUCAAGAGAAAAGAGUCCGGACGAGGGAAACAACUGAAAACCAAUAGUUAUACCAUGAACACACAGAACUGAACCAAACGACGAUUAACAAAGUAGAAAGGAAUUAAUCAGUGAAUGGGGAGAUGGGUAUCUUCCCUCAUCCUCUCAUACAUCGCCAGAAUACCCAAAUCUCUCGCUUGUCGUAACCCUAGCCAUAGCCCCAUCCUUUCUCGUCCUCUCACACCUCUCCACCACCUCUUACCUUCUUCAAAACCCAGAUUUCAAUUCCUCGGUUCAAGGGUGUUUUCUGCAAUCCCAUCACCAUACAUCAACUAUGGAAACGAAAUUGAUUCCGAGAAUUAUGGAGAGGACUACGUGUCGGAGUCCGAUGAAGAUGAGGAUACAGGGAAAAUCCCCAUCAAAGCCUUUUUUCUGUGUACCAGUAUCGAUUUGAAGAGCAUGCAAGCCGAGAAUUCAAGCAAUGUUAUUCCUCCAACCUCUCGCUCAACAAAUUAUAUUGCCCUCAGAUUUCGCAAUUUCCCUUCAGAAGCUACUGGAAUUGGAGUUGAAGAGAAUGUGAACUACUGGCGUUACAUGGUUGUAUCCCAAUACGGGUCGGCUGUCCUGUUCAACAUGGAGGAUGAUGAGGUUGAAUCUUACCUGGAAAUCAUUAGAAGACAUGCUUCUGGAUUUCUUCCAGAGAUAAAGAAAGAUGAUUAUGCUGUAAAAGAGAAGCCAAUGUUGGUUGAGGAUAUGCAGGGAGGUCCAGACUAUAUUGUUCUAAAACAUCUGGACACUGAUAGUAUCCGCAUUAUUGGUUGUGUGCUUGGGCAAAGUAUUGCUCUGGAUUAUUUUGUUUCACAGGUUGAUGGUAUGGUUGAAGAAUUCACAUAUAUAAACCGUGGAAUGGAGAAAACUGGAACUUUCACAAUGAAUAGGAAGAAACUCUUUCAACUGGUUGGGAAGGCAAAUUCGAAUCUCGCCGAUGUAAUUCUCAAAGUCGGUCUUUUUGAGAGAUCAGAAAUUGCUUGGAGAGAUGCAAAAUAUGCUCAAAUCUUUGAGUACCUUAGGGAGGAAUAUGAGAUCACGCAACGUUUCGGAAACCUUGAUUUCAAAUUGAAAUUUGUUGAGCACAACAUUCAUUUUCUUCAAGAAGUCCUCCAAAACAGAAAGUCGGAUCUCUUGGAAUGGUGCAUCAUAUUCUUGUUGAGUAUAGAGAAUGUUAUAUCAAUAUGUGAGAUCAUUCGUGACACGACAACUGCAGCUCCUUUGUGAUAAUGAGUUACACCAAGGUACACCAAGAACUUUUGACAUCCGCAGCUAAAAUGGAAAACAUGUAGAAAACACACGACAAAAUUUUGGAAUGAUAGAAGAUCAGAACAGGGAGAAAUGGUAGUGCUUAAUACUGAUACAGGUUUUGUUUAAUUAGAGACUCGUUUUUAUACGAUGAGAGGCGUGACCUUUCUUAAAUACGACCUAUCAUUGGAUGGAUAUAUCCUGGGCACCAGCAGUUUUGGAACCCUGGAUGCCCACUAAUUAUUGAUCAAGCUGUAAAUUCUGCAUACUGCUUCGGAAAUGAAAAUGCAGACAUUACCUCUUUGGGAAAGAUAUCUAAAAUGUUGGUGGCUAAUUCCAGUUAUCUUGACCGGUAAAACUUCUGACCAAAAAUAUUUCAUAGUUUAGUUAUGCGAAAUGAGACUCAUUCUAGUCAAAAUAUUGUGAAUGUGGAUCAAUAGUAAUGUUUUAGUUGCAGUGUUUUUUUAUUUUGAA